ACGAUUAACUAUUCUUACAAUUCACUCAAUCAAAUACAGUUGAUUAUAAUUUCAGUUGUUUUUCAUUUUAAAUCAAGUUAAUUUCCUUUUGUAUGAGUUGUAGCCCAAAUCAUCAUGUCAAUCAUAUCAUCAAUUACAUUGAUCGUUUUAUUAUUUAAUCAUCAUCAGAAUUUAGCCUCUGGACAAUCAACCAAUGCUUUUGAUGAUGAUGGUAAUUAUAAUCAUAGUCCAGUGAUCGGUAUACUAACAAUGCCCAUUGAAGAUUCUGGCAGCCGGACAUCGCCCUCUAACUUUCCCUCCAGCUAUGCUAAAUUCAUUGAGUCCGGUGGUGGACGAGUGAUUCCGGUCCUGGUGGGUAAAGAUGAAGAUUAUUAUGCCAAGAUGAUCAAUAUAACCUCUGGGAUGUUAUUUACCGGUGGGACACUUGAUUUAAUGAAGUCGAUUUAUACUCAAUCGGCUUAUCUUAUUUGGAAAAUCGCCUUGAAAAUCAAUGAUAAUGGUCAGUAUUAUCCAAUGUGGGGAACUUGUCAAGGGUUUGAGUUUUUCCUCUACGCUGCCAAUGGAUUAGCUGAGUGGCCAUUAGCUAAGUGUAAGGCUAAAAUUUAUAAAAUGUUCCAACAAGCUCCUGAACAAAUAAUUAAGAUUCUUAGCCAUAAAAACGUUACUUAUAACGAGCAUAGUUGGUGUUUCCAGUUGAGUCCAAUUUAUGGUCAGUUUUUCCCUCGAAUUGGUAAAUUUUUCAAAACAUUGGGGAGAAGUGUAGAUCGUGAUGGAAUAGAAUUUAUUUCAGUAAUUGAAUCAGUUGAUUAUCCAAUUUAUGGGCUUCAAUUUCAUCCAGAAAAACCAGCCUUCGAACCGGUCAUUUCGGAUGAUAGAUCAAACACUCCACAUUCACUUGAUGCCGUUUUAAUUGGUCAAUUUUUCGCAAAUUUCUUCAUCAGUGAGGCCAGAAAAAGUGUCCAUCGUUUUCCUGUCGAUGAUUAUAAUUAUCGAAAACAAUUAAUUUAUAAUUAUUGUCCACAAUAUAAUGGUCUUAAUGCUAGUAGCCCAGAUAUACAGGUCUAUUAUUUCAAUUAGUUAAUUGUUAUCGACAUUAAGUUAUCAUAACAGAAACAUGGAUUUAAUAUGUUACCCUGACUAUUAUAUUAAUUAAAAUGAAUCAAAAUGUA